CCUCUGCUAAUUUUCUUGCAUCCAAAAAUAUUUCUUAGCUCAGCUUCUCCUUCUACAGUACUAUUCCCCUCUCAUCAUUUUGCUUUUUAUUUUUUUGGUUUUCUGAUUUACAAAAAGCAAAAACAUGGCUACUGAGCAACAAAUUGAUAACCCAACUCCUACUCAGCUUCCGCCUUCAUCUCCUUCAAUUUUGCCUUCUUACCCCGAUAUGAUAAUGGAAGCUAUAGAAGCUUUGAACGACGAAAAUGGUUCGAAUAAAUCAGCAAUUGCAAAGCAAAUUGAUGCGUCUUAUGGUACACUACCACCAGCACAUGGUACACUCCUAGCACAUCACCUGAACAAAAUGAAACAAAGUGGUCAGCUCGUUAUGGUCAAGAACAAUUACAUGAAGCCUGAUCCCAACGCGCCGCCACGCCGUGGCCGUGGCCGUCCUCCGAAGCCCAAGGCUCCACUUCCAGAAGGAUACGUACCUCCUCCACCUCGACCACGUGGUCGGCCGCCGAAGGAGCGUGACCCGCACGCGCCUAUUGCAGUACCCAUGAAAAUUACUUCUCCUUCUUCUGGUGGCACCGGAAAGAAACGUGGACGGCCACGUAAGUUCCCAAACGACACGAGCUCGCCUUCCCCGUCGGUAGCUCCGUCGCCGAGUGGCACUCCUAGAGGAAGAGGAAGGCCGCCAAAGGUGAAGACUCCGGUGGCUGCAGAAGUAGGGGCUUAAUUGAAAAGGGAAAAGUUGUUUUAGGACUUUUAGUGCUAAAUGCUAACUGUUGGUUAUCAAAAAUUUCUAUUUGGAUUUUGUUAUUUUAGUCCCUGUAGUUUUGUUUAAUGUCUUUGUAGGGUAGAAGUGUGUGACCGGUGAGUGUUUUGUAUGUUUUAACUGGUCCAAUGUAAAUGCAAAUUGAGGCUUUUUAGGCUUUUAUAUUUAAAAAUUUGGAUAAUUUCAGAGAUC